CGCAUAUCGCUGAGUGAAAAAAAGGCCAACACUCCAUUUUCAUUUUAUACAUAAGUACGUUUGUUCAGUGUUACCUGUUACCCCUUGUUUGUUCCUGUGUAGUUGCUUGUAUCAUCACCGCUUCGACAAGGCAGACACAAAUUUCAAUUCGGUUUCCAAACCAAAUCAUAGUUCCAAACCAAAUUGAUAACGUGUGAGGACUCUUUGUUGCAACCCAACCGCACAAAACAAGUAUUUGUUUUGGUACAUUGGUUCUUGCCAAUAUGUCCUCCGUCUCCACCGAGGCCUUUUCGGGGCUCACCAGAAUUUCCCCGGUGAAGCUGGGCGUUGCAGAUGUGUCCACAACUUUCUUCGCCAACUCCGUCAAGCAGCCAGGCGACCAAUUUGUGGAGCUGAAUCGCGUCCAGUCCGCGGUGUACAGUGAGAUUGCAUCCUCGAAUGGGGCGGAAGCUGCCCAACAAGAUGCAGCGCUACUUCCAAACCUCGUGCUCGAAGCUCCGCCUUCCAGCGGCAAGCACUUGGCCUUCGAAGUGGUCAUGGAGCAGCCAGGCGAAAGACGUGCUGGAACUUCUGCGGCGGCAGCUUCGGCUUUAUCAAGUACGAGCACGAAUAAGCUGCGCAGCCUCCUCGGAAACAAGGCGUCGUCUUCCGCCGGUGGAUCCUCGUCGUCUUCGAGCACAAAUCAAGGAGCUCCUGGGUCCUCUGCAGCAACCUCCAAGCGCACUCUCUAUGUGGCGCCCUCGGAAGCGCACCUCGCCACCUACUUCAACAGUAGACUGAAAAAACUCCGCCCCGACGCGGAGUGGGUGCGGUGGCACAGCACCGUGCGGAAAUACAACUUCGGAGACAAGAUCGCGAGCACUCUGCAGACCACCUCGAAGGCGAUGCUGCAGUACGACCCGGACACACAGGAAGUUUACGAGAAGGCGACUGAGGACAAAGUCGACGGUGCUGCGGAACAAGAUUUGUCCUUGACUGCUGGACUGCACAAGAACCAGCAUGGUCUAUACCCGACCUCCGACCGCGCGAAGCUUUCGGCCGCUUCCCUUCUGGUCGGUCUGCCGGAAGACUUGUGGUACGCGGCCUGCAGCGACCCUACGAUCUUCACAAACCUAGAUUUGAUCUGCCUGGACCACAGCCAUCUCUGGCUAGAUGCGGCAGUGUCGAAUGAUAACCACAUUGACGGGUUGCUGUCGCUACUGAAAAAUUUGGGGAAGAACAACAACAAUUUUCCGCCGCAAAUCCUGCUCUUGGCGUCUCCGAUUGCGAACGUAGAGAUGCUCGGACAGUGGAUUUCCGCCUCUUCGACCAGAAAAACGAAAAUCCUGAAGUUCGACGAGCGAUUUGCUGUCAAGCCGUGGAAUCCGUCUGCCACGGGCAUCGUGAUCCCCGUUGCAGAUGACGAUCGGCAGCAACUGAUGCUGAAACGGUACUUGGCCACCGUGACGAACUCGAACAAUAAGAACCUGCUCGUUUUCAGCGGUUACUCGAGGCGGGCGGUCGACGCGACGGCGCACUUUUUGAAAUCCGAGGGACUGGUAGAAGUCAUGAGCAGUCGAGGGCCAUUAGUUGGAGCUGGAGGCGAUGACCAGUGGUCUUCGUUCGAUAGCCAGCUUCAAGACGAUGUCUUCAUGACCGACGCGAAUCAACAUUCUCAUUCUGCCCAGAGACCACUGACGACGGCACAACUGCACGAAAACAACACGUGGGCGACUGGUGGGGUGCAAAACCGCUCGACGCUGCUGAAAGAAUCUGUAAAAAACGAUACAAUUUUCAUCGCGAAGGUUGCGAGUGUCCAAGACGGAAACUUGAAAGCUUUGCUGCAGUCCGGCAUUGGGGUGCUGCACAGAGAGUACGCUGCAGCAGAUCGGGAAGUCGUCUGGACGCUGUUUUGCCAAGGGAUGAUCCGUGUCUGCGUCGCGGAGCCGUACUACGCGAGUUUCGGAGCUGCGCCGGAGCACCAGCGGCAGGAAGGUCCAAACCCUGCUGGAUCUAGUACUUCUGCAAGACAACUUGUAGACGACGCUGGAGAUGUUGUCAUGGGAGCACCUCCGGACCAUGGAGUCGAUAGUAUCCCCGCCAAACACCUCCCAAACAACGAAACCUACCGUCGUCUGCAGGCUGACACCGUGGUGAUCGCCGGGAUCUGCAAGUACGGCACGCUGGACAUCCGCGACGGCACGGCGCUCCCGCCGAACAACCAUUUCACGCCGAUCGAGUUCCUCGAAAUGCAGGACUGCGCGGUUGGCCGCCACGGGCCACCGGUGUUGCGGGUUCUGUGCCGCCCGAUCGAGCAAAUGUUUGUCACAGAGGUCUUGACGGGGAAUUUUAGUGUUGAUUCUGCGCUUUGUCGCGACUGCACCGGAAUGGCGGCUAGUACGGGCAACGAUCAGCAGAUGAGCUCGUCGUUCAAAGGCAUCGCGGCGAAAGGCGCUGGGAAAGGUGGCAAGCCGCAGGCGUCGCCGCGGGUGACCAACGCGCUGGCGAACGGCCAUGGGACCACACAACCGCAAACACUUGCGGCACUGAUAGACGGAGGGGCGUUCGACUUUCUCUGGCCCUACGUUCUGCACCAAGACCAGCUUUUAGUACGCGCAAGUGCGAGCCAUCGAACCAAAACCACGAACUCGGUAUUAACCACGACCAGCACCCAGCAACAUCUCAUUUCCGUGCUGCAGAACUCCUGGUUCGGGUUACGACUGAAACAGGACCCCCUGCGCUUCGCCAGGCUGUUUUCCAAGGAGAAAACCAACAACCCACUGCUGAACGCCGUGCCGGAUGUCGACGCGGCACUUUCCCUGAUCGUCGCACGGCUUCUGACCAAGUGGCAAAAGGACAAGAUGAUCCGGCUGCAGGAGCCAGACAAGAAAGGCGAUGGCGACGAUGACGAGAUGGGUAUUCUGGACUUGGCGGCGAUCCAGAAAACGAUCACCGUGCAGCACCAUAAGCCCAAGAUGGGCAAGAAGAACGCAGGAGAUAACACGAACAACUGUACGUCCAACCUGACCACCACGUAUGUUGUCGGCAACUAUCAUUUGAAACGCCACUCCGCGAGGUACCCGGAUAUCAGUCCUGGCUCGGUGCAGAAGUGCCUGGAUAUGGUUACGAAGAAGACCGCGAACCAGCCGGAACUGCUCCUGCGAAGUCUGUGCGCGCUCCCGGAGCUGCACUGCUGCCUGGCAACGCGGGAGAACACGGAAAGGGACGGCGCAACCGCGAUAAAAUGUCUGGAGUACGAUGCGAACCUGUUUUUCUUGCCCGCUGGGAAGUUGUCCGCGGCAUUGCCCGCGGCCGGAGAGAGAAAAGCGAGAAAGGUAUACAUCAUGGUUGCUUGUUUUGUGUUGACGUCAGGGUCCACAUGGUAGGAGAAAGUCUGUUCAGCCUUUCGCCUAGUGGCCUCUUGCGUUGAUCGUUAAGUACUUCAGUGAAAACACGACGUAGCGGGUCAAGGAAGGAUCUUCCACAGCGACACCUCAUAGAAUCCAGUGACAUCAUGAAAGUAAAUGAAAAUAUCCGCUCCAAUUACUUUACAAAAUCAGGUUUUCGCCCUGUGGAUGCACCAUUUGGCGGAUUUCCAGGAGGAGCGGAAGGAGGGCUAUCUCACCAAGCACGAUCGCUACAAGGUUGUGAGAAUCACCGAGUUCUUUCUCCAACACGUCUUAAAAAGCCUCGCCAUCGAGGUGCAAGACGGGUUCGCCCUGCUGAAUCUAAUCCGGCUGUCCCGCAGCUUUGCCCAGGGCCAGCUCUUCGUGGGGCAGAGUCACAUGCUAAAGCAGUACCUGCACAUGCCGCGCUCGCUGGUGUCGUCCCCGACUACAUUGACCGAAACUGCAAUCGGUGCGCGUGCGAAAGAUGGAACAAACGCUGGAAAUAAAGCCGUCUCUAAUAGUACUGCGGUAAAUAACGUAAACCGUGUCUACAUCUCGGACUGGGAAACCUUGCUACGCCUACUCGACGACCUGCACGUCGGGACGCCGGAGGAGCUCGCGAAGUGCUUUGCGGAUAUCUUUGCGUACGUGGUUUCUUCCUCCGGCAUGGACGAAAACCUGACCUCCGACCUUGCUUCGAUCCUCGAGGGCGAGGCCAUCGACCUGGUCGCGAAGAUGCUGCACGCCUGGUAUCCCUUUUUGGGCGAUGACCUGGCGAAAAACCUCGGCUUCCUGGCUCACGGGCUGCUCGCGACGCAGUUCCACCUGGAGGUGGCGGUUGUACCAUUAGAAGAGAUAACCACAGCAGCUGUAUCAGGGGAACAAGCUUUGUUGAAACAGCUGGCAAACAAGAAGACGACCUCUCUCGUCCAGCGACGAAAAAACGCGGCAAGGGGAGGUGGAAACAAAGCGCAGCAACAGCAGACCGUGGAGUUGCGGGUCAGCCGGAGGGCGUGCAGUAGUGUCCCUGAUCUGCGGAAGCGCGGCCUGGAGGUCGCAGAUCGCACUUUGGGCGAGGCGGAGAGAAGCAACAACGGUUCUUCUUCUUCAUUUUCGACGAACAACAACCCCAGUGCCAGUACGUCAAAAAUCAAAAACCGCAACCCGAUCUUCCCGGCACGAAACAGCACAUCUUCGAGCAACUCCAAGAGCACUGACUCUUCGCACGAGGAUUCAGGAAAUAAUAUCAAUUCGAAAAAUAAACCUCGAGACGUGAACCGCAUCUUCAUCCCCUCCUUCCGCGACGAGUUCCCUCGGUUGGGGCAUGGCGUGCGAGCGGGGGACUCGAAGGAGCUGGUGACGUUUUGGCAGAAAGUUUUCUUCGACUCUGUUCUGAAGGACACAUUGUUGCUCGCUUUUGCGGACACGGGGGCGCUUCUGUACUGUUCGACGUUGGAUAAACUGCUGGUCACGGCCGGGAAAGACAACUACCCCUCCAGUUUGAACAAGUUCAAACCUGUGUCUCUAUCCUACAAGAAGGGAAUCACCGCGUACCUGGUGCACACAAAGUUCCACGGGUUCGACUCCAAUGUGCGGAUAAAAAAACCUUCUGCAACUACGGAGCUGCAAGGCGGGGGGCACCCGGCCACCGAGGCUCCUUCUGUCGAGCUACCAUUGGAGCAAUUUGUGAGGCAGGUCGCGCGGGAAGAGGUCACGGACCCGCGGAUGGAGAACAACGCCUCUGGGGCAGCCGGCGGGUUCGGAAAACUUCUGCACGGCUUGUUCCUGCCCUCGAGGCAGCAGGAGCAAGAGCGGGGGUCUGGUGAACCCCCUACUACUACUAGGCCAGCUUUGUCGUACGCGGAGCGCAGGAAUCAAGUGGUAGCGAACAAAUCGAGCACCACCGCAGGAGCCCCCAAUACCGCAUCACAAUUUGGAGGGGCGGUGAGUUCUAGCUCAAAUACGAGCUUGAACACCUCCGGGUCGUUCCCAGUCGCGCAGCAAAAUCAAAGUGGUCAGCAACCGUUUGUCUUUGGAUCUACUUCAGGUUUCGGUCUUCCGCAGCCAUUAUCCACCAGUGCAAACAAUCACGAAUUAUCACUACACCUCCCGGACCCGAGUCCAAGCACAGCGAGGAAUCGGUCCAACGUGCCGGGGUUAUUUCUCCCCGAACAGCGAAACAACUACAAAGGCAAGGGCAAAAACAGCAGCAGCGGGCUGCAACAGUUUGACCGAGCACGGAUGCUGGCAAACGGGACGUUGGAUGGUAGCAGCUUCGACGCUUCUUUCAGCAGUGGUUUAUUGUUCCAGAGCAAAGGUGGUAGUAGCGCUAGCGGUGCUUCGUCGAGUUCGAAUUCGUUCAACGCUGGAAAAGGAGGCUUCGCCACGACGUCGAAAAGCCAGCAACUACCGGCAAACGCUACUGACGGCACCAUUUUCUGUAAAUGCAACCUGCCUGCGAAGGAGUGUUUCGCGAACAAGACAAACAGGUACUUCUGGGGUUGCGCAAGAGGGGCGAAGCACAAGGGCGGCUGCGGCUUCUUUCAGCCGAUCUUGAGUAAUGAGGAGAAGGAACGGUGUGGCAAGAAAAGACCGCCGGUAUUUGUACCAGCUGAGGGUCGUGCCGCUGCGGCGGCAGAACUCCAUGACCAAGCAAGAACUAAAAACCCGGACGUUGGUUUCCUAUCGCUGCCCCCCGGCGAGCCGUGCAGCGCUUGGAACAACCCCACGGAGAAGGCAAUUGCCAGCGCCGACGCCCUGCUGAAGAGGAUCCGCGCGGAGGAGAACAAGCCUCUGGGAACGCAGAAGGCAGAUACAAUUUCCUCGUUCAGUUCGAACGUGGAGGUGGAGCCGGUCGGCGCGGAAAUGCAGCUGGAGGCAGACGACGUUGACAUGGCGCAGCCUUUCGAUCAUGACGCAGGCGGGGCAGAAGUGUGUGACGAGGAGGAGAUUUUUGUGAAUCUUCAGGAACCUCCUCCUGGAGGGGGAGCUCAAGCUGAACACAGAAGCGAGAAUCUGUUUUUGCAGAACCCGAUUCUCGCACCGGCUGCUCCGCAAUUGGUUGCUACUUCGGCGGGAGAAAACGAAAACGGCAGGAGCGGCACAGCUUUAUUAAAUGCAGCGGCGACUGGCGUUACUGAUACUGACGCGGCCAAAAAUAGCAUCCAGCAGAAAAAGGUUGCUCCGACCGUGGGUUCCGCGGCACCGGUUGCGGUACAACCAGCAGCGCCAGCGCACGUGCCGGUAGUGCCCGAGAGGAAGCAGGCUGUCGUCACAAAGCCCGCUCCUGUGCCAGCACCAGCGGUUCCGUCUGUUGCUGCUGUGGCUUCUGUACAAACCCAACAAUCUUCAUCAGCUGCAUUUGCUGCUCCACCAGCCGCGACUGCGACUAGUUUUGGUUUUGGUGGUUUCGGUACUACAACUUCGGGUGCUCUGCAGACUACAAACGCUUUUGGUUCCACUUUCGGGAACGCGACCACAAACUUCGGCGUUUUCGGCGCAGCAAACACGACAGCUUCGCAACACCAGCAGCAAGCACCGUUUCAAAGCCAGUUUGGAGGUUUUGGGAAAGUGAAUCAACAAGCACCGCAACCAAAUGCUGGCCAAGCCGCGACUGGUUCUUUCCCAACCCUUGCGAAACUCCCCGUAGUUACCAAUCAGGAUAGUGCGAUGGCGUCCACAGAGUCCCAGCCGGUGAAUACGGACAAGAGCAGCAGCAGCAACUCUUGUUCCUCCCGCGCCGGCGGCGGUGGUUCGUCCGUGAUAGGUGACAGAACCAAAAAUCAGCGCUUGCCAGAUUCGCUGCAGAACAGAAAUGGGAAAAAUUUCAACGCAGGGCAGGACGAAGACCAUCAGCCUUCUUCGGAGGAAGUGAAACCAAACGACUCCCCGGCAACAAAAGCGCUGAAGCGUAAGCGAAACGAUUUCUUCGCGACUCUGGCCCAGCAGACCUCCGCAGACCGGGAUCACUUGCAGAUCGAGCAGGAGGACGAGGGUGGACUGGCAGAUAGAGAUCAAAGUGCAACAAGCAAGGCUGAAGACGACGGGGGAGCGCCCUCUGUCAUUGCGGUUUCCUCUGUUGUGGACUUGACAAAAGACGACGAUGGGCCCCCGCAACAAGUAGGCGAAAAACGACCAGUCGUGCAGCAGGAGGUCGCCAUCGCGCCAAACGACGACGAUUUUGCGGAACUGCAGGGCGUGCCGAUUCGACAGAGAAACGCCAACCGAGGCUCGAAGAACAAAAGGCAGAGAAUAGCGUUACUCAGCAACGACAACAACAGCGGUGGUGGAAAUGUAGGAAUCACAGCCGGGGACGACCAGGAGAAUCCUAAAUCAGAUUCGCCGACGAAAUCAAAUAAGCCUAAGCCCUUCACCUUUCCCGAGCCAGAUUUGAACCCGGACGAGAGGCUGGACACGGGCGCGAGAACAUCAGCAUUGAACAUCAUGGCUCUGAUCGAACAAGCCGAGGAGAAGGGAGCAAAGAACCGGGCGGCGAGGCAGGCUGCGGCGAAGAAUAGCCUGGAUGCUUUUGUUCUGCCGAAAAAUGGAAGUGCAGCUAGUACUGGUGCAGCUUCUGUACUAGGAGCCACUGCAACUACUACAACCGCGCCUCCGAUCGCGACGUUGCGUAUCCAGAAGAAAUACCUGGACGCGAUCAAAUCUGGGAAAAAAACCGUGGAAGGCCGGGUGAAGACCGGAAAUUUGGUGACGGUUCGACCGGGGAACACACUCCGGCUGGAAUCCGGCCCGAUGAACAAGUGCGAGGUUGUAGUCAAAUCAGUUCGGGAGUUCGGCAAAUUCUCCGACAUGCUGGCUUCCAUGGGCGUGGAAAACUGCUUACCGGGGUGCAAAUCGGUAGCGGAAGGUGUAGAAAUCUACCACGCCUUCCCGGACUACGAGGAUAAAGCGCGGAGAUAUGGGGUAGUUGCGUUUGUAAUCAGCCUGCCGGAUGGCGGAGGAGCGACGGGACCUCCAAAUGCGAAGGCGACUGCAGGAACUUCAACGGGGUUUGGAUUUGGUGGUGCGAGUAACAAUUUUGAAGUUGCUGGGAGCAGCACCUGUUUUCCUAGUGCAACCUCCAGCACCAGCUUCAACAACAACACGAACGCAUCUUCAAACGUGAACCUGCCAGCAUCUUCGCUGAAAGUAACUAAGAAGAAGCUCGGCUACCCACACUGUUUCUGCGAUCGGCCGUGCGGCUUUCCCUUCCCGAUUAAGAAGGAAGGACCGAACAGCGGAAAACUGCUCUACAAGUGCGCCGCGGCGGGGCAAGGAAGCGCAGCUGCUGCUGGGAAAAAUUACAACAAUAGCCGACGCGGCAAUUUUUAUGGAAAUAACCGGCCGGAUUUCGAAUCUGAAGGUUUCGUGAAAGGGAAGGUUUGCCACUACCUGGUGAUCACCGGCGAGGACGAGGAUAUUCCGAAGAAGUACAAGCCGGAGGGCCUGAUGUGCGCGGAAAUUCCGCUUUGUAGCUGCGAUCGGCCGGCGGUGUGGUACGAGACGAAAGCGGUGCCGCCGAAGCUGUUCUGGAAGUGCGCGAACAAGCAGUGUCAGUUCUUCGAGUGGUACAACGGGCAGGUGGCGGUACACGACGAUAAGAUGCAGGUCGUGGUGGAGAAGGCGAAUCAAAACAACAAUCACGUCGCGGGGGUCGGGAAUGAUUUUGAUACGAAAAAUCAAUUUUUUGUUGGCAAAAACCUGAAAAAGGAAAAUGGUGUUCGGAUCCCCAUGCCCAAGGACAGCGUCCCAUCUGGCGAUGCUGCAGGAAAUCCAACUGACAAGCUGAGGCAGCUACUGGGAAAAAAGCCGGCUAAGAUGACCGAAACAAACCAAAAUGCUACACGCCACCCGCAGCAACAGAUGAGGCACGACUCGAUGCAGAAGAUGCCAACGGCUGCCACGGCUCGGAACAACCAGAAAGAUACCAGAUUCCCCGCACCAGCCGCGUUUGGAAACGUCGAAGGAACUACGAACGGUGAUGAGUACAAGCAGCGGAACUCCAGCUCAUUUGCUGCCGGGGGUACUACAACCGCGGGGAGCGUUACUGCAACCACGACGGGCAACGUAUGGCGUUCUCAAAUGUUACAUUCUCAACUGUUACAUGAUUUGUCAUACAAAAUUCCAAUCAGAAUCGACACGACCAAGCUGCUUCGCAUGACAAAUUCCCGAAGGGACAAACAGGAUGGGAAUCUGUGCCGAACCUGUAAUGCAAAAGGCGCAAUCUUCACCCUUGCAUUUUUGCCAUUCUUGCAUUACAAAUUCAUGUAACAGCUGAGAAUGUAACGUUUGAGAGCGCCAUACAAUGGGGUUCCCUCAGUUUCGGUGUCCGAAGUUCCACCGGGUGGCGCUGCGACGAACUCGAGUUUCGGGAAUUUCACGUCGGGCACAGAUUUCGGACAGCAACAGCAGCACAGAAAUCCGGGGUUUGGCUUCACGAAUUCGAAUCACAAUAACGACGACGGCGCGCGCCACAAGCCGCAUAAGAAACAUGCCAGUUUCACCGCACGAAACAAAGAGGAAAAGUCCCUUUUCUUCGGACCGGACGAGGACAAAAAUCCUUUUAAGCAGCCGUUUCGACCGCCGGCACGGCCGUCUACACAGCAAGACGGUAAUAUGUCAGUUUUCGGCGCGCCGUCGCAACCGCAAGUGAAUCAAAAUAAACAGUCGAACUUUGGAUUCGGUACUGCUGCAGUGUCGAACAUUAAUGGAGAAGCCAGAAACUUUGGCACGGCGGCUUUCAACACGAAUGGCAACCGAGGAUUUGGUUUUGGAACCGCUGCGGUAUCCAACAACAACGUGAAUCGUGCCCCUUUUGGUUCCGCCGCAGUGAACCAGAACCUCCGCCAGAGCUGCUUCGGGAACUUCGGCACUGCUGCUCCGCCGGCGGCACCCGUGAAACAGGCACAGAAUGUGUUUCUGCAGCAGCAGUCCGCGUUUCACGGAACAGCAGUCAGUCAAGCGUUCGGCGGAACGAGUUUGCGUGCUUCGGCUUCGUAUGAGGAAUUGCAGUUGUUGAAAGCUGGAAAGCAGUCCUCCUCUGUGGCACCGUUCGGAAAUCAUGGCAACGGGAAUAAAAGCGUGGCUCAUGACCAGAAUCUUCAAACGCACCACAGACAGUCAGUUCCGCUACAGCAGGCGAUGCAACCACCAGCCCGUCCGCCAUCAAGGAAAACGAGUUUUCUUGACAAGCACAGGAACUGGCAGUACCACGAGCCGGUGAAGGGAACGGAGGUUAAUGCGAGCCAAAACGCGAAGAACCAAAGCGAAAGCCAAAUGCAACCAACGAAUCAAGAUUUUGCUGGGAACGUCGCGAAGCAAGUUGGUCAGUCCCAAUUUCUGGUUCCUCCAAGCAACGCCGCGUCCUCACAGUUUGGCGGGGGCUUUGGCCGUCAGAACCUACAACCGCAGCACUUUGAAGCUUCAGCGUUCGGUGGGCUGAAUUUGAAUUUGAACAACGACAAACCCAGAGGACUGCAAGGCCACGAAACCGCAAGCGCCGUACCGGGUGGUCAAAACAGCAAAAUUUUCAACGCAGCCAACCAUCAAAAGAACCCCAACCAGCCUACCGCCUCCGCCAUAUUGUUUCCUCUCAACAGCAUUAACCUUCGAACCCACGAUGCCAUCGCUCAUCGGGAGAAGGAGGCGAAGAAGAAAGCUUUGCAGAACGAGCUCGCAAAGCAGGAGAAAAUCCACGGUCCACCGAGCUGGAUCCAGCCGAGGCACAACGAAAACCUCGGUCAACAUGCGAAAAACCAACACGAACAGAAAAAUCAAAAUGGAAACAACAACAAGCCAAGUAGUAAGCCCAAGCAGUACUACGUGGGUGCGUUCGGGACGAAGUAUCCGUACAGGGAAACCUUAAAUUUCCAGCACCUCUACGAGUUUGACAAGGACGCUUUGCGGGUGCAGCGCCAGGACAAAAACUGGUGCGCAACGGAUCCGCUACCGAACGGAGACAAAGCGGUGUACUACGACCAGUUCAAGUGCAAUUUGAACGAGGUGAUGUCUUUAUCCGAAGACCCCGAUAACUUUUCCGACGUCUUUUUCGGCUCGAGCAUCUGUGGGUCCAUCGCACGACGACCCAUGACCGCGAGAAACAAUAAGCCAGUGGUGCAUCAGAGAGUGAUGUCGUCGAAGGCGGUUGGUGGAAGUGGAACUGCAAAUGCGGGUCAGCAGCAGGCACAGGCGUCCGGGAAGAUGACGAGAUCCCCCUUGAUGCAAGGGAAGAAGGUGGCGCGGACGACGGGGACAACAAGGCCGGAGACGGUAUUUACGCCGAGUCCGGUCAGUAAGGCGAAGGAAAAAGGGGAAAUUGACAGGGAACUGUUGGGCCUGGGCAAUGGGAGGUACUGUUGUUCUGUUGUUGCUGUUUCUCCUAUCUCGAUGAUCCUCAUCUUUUUGUUCGAUGUUCUUUCGUUUCAGGACUAGAAGCACAUCAUCCAUGAGGCAUUCGGAUCUGUUGUUGACUCUGUUUCCACCUUUUUUUUUGAGUUGAUAUUGAAUGAAAAAAACCAAAUCAGGCCUUCUGAAGUCGUUGACCUUACCGCAGAAGACGACGAUGAACCCUCCGCAGAGAAGCGCGUUUUCCCGCCACCAUCGAAGCGACUCUUCGAGCGGAUUCCUGGAGCGUCACCACCGCUGAAGAAGUUCUGUCCAGACGAGAACGAAACGGUGGGGCACAAGAUUCACCAGCACCAUCAACGCAAUACCGUCGCACACAUUGAUCCGGAGGAAAUCAAGUCUGCCCUGCACUGGCUGAAAGCGCAGAUCAAGACGCAGCUCUGGAUUAUCGCGAAAGCAAAGAUCGACAAAAUUCUGGCUGCGAUUGGAGAAGUGCUGGUGAGAGGAGAAAAAAUGCCAGUUGCGAUGCUCACCUUCGAGAUCCAAAAGGUGAUCAGCAGUUGUGCCCAUGAUGGCAACGAAGCAGGGCCAGCACAUGGUCGCUCUUCAGCACUUCAGAUGAAGCACCAGGAGCUGAUCAGUGGGAUUGUUGAGAGACGGGCUCAUUUGGCUCUUGCGCUGCAGGAGUACAACAUGGUGCAGCAAAACAAUUGCAGAAAGCAGGAGGGGGCUGCGCAAGGAGCUGAGAUUUUUAAAGCUGCUCCGGAUCAUGUUGUGCCGCGAUCGGGCAAUCGCCAUGGAAAUGGUUCUCUACAUCGAGCUGCUGUUGAUCAGCACGAGGUCGAAGAAAAUUCUGGCUACAAUGGCGUCGGCUGCAAGAUCACGAACGUGAUGUUUCAACCCCUGACCGUGAUCAACCCGAAAAACAUCCAACAGAACAAGGAGAGGCAGUUCGAGAACAAGAGGCCGCCACAGAUGCCGGAUGUAAUGCCCUACCAGCAGUCCACCGCCUUACAACUGCAGCAAACCUGCAGCAGCCAUAUGGUUAAGAACAACUCUGGUGCACCGCAACCUCUCCCUGAUGAAGCACCACAUCAAAUAGACUCAAUAAAGAUGAACUAUUUCGCCGCGAAAAAGAAGUAUUCUCAGUACAAAAAGCAGCUCCGCGAGCAGAUCCUGCAACAGAACCUUCCCCGUCCGACCUGCAAGUGCGGGGUGACGACGCUAAAAGCCAUCCGGAUGGGGUACAGCUACAUGUACGUCUGCCACAACUACCGGGAGGACCAAGGGAGGGGUGAUUGCGACUUCAUCCAAGCCUGGAAGAAUAUGGAGAUCGAUGUGGGGAAAAUUGUCGAAGAAGUCAACAAAGUGGAGCAGAAGGAGAUCGAGAAACAACUGCACGAGAUCGACAACAUCGGAAACUUUCGGAAUUACCGGGACUUGGAGCCCGGUGUGGAAAAGGAGCUGCGGGGGUCUUUAUCGAAAGUGGAUACUUUCGAGAAAUUGACGUCGGGGAAAGACAAAAUCGACGACUUCGUUCCGAACGGGUUUUCGGAGAAGGCGCGGGAGAAGUUGAUCCAGGAACAGCCCGGGAUGUUUAUUGCGGGGAACAAGAAAGAUUCUGCUCGGCAUAAAAAUCGUGGCGCUCAUGCGACCUCCUCCGAUCUAUUGGAUGUGGAUGACGAGCUCCGUGCGUCGAUGGCGAAUGUGAACGUGAUUGGGCCGGACGAUAGUGUGUCGAACUACGUGCCGUCGCCCGAACGGAGGAUGGACAAUAGAACGUCGCGGAAUAUUCACAUUCACGAGCAGAGGCACAACUCCAACCAAGGUUUAGCGUCUUCGAAACCGAAUCUCUUCACAUUGGCAAACGGGAACGCGGUCCCGCCGGUAGUUCGGAAAAAUGAAAACAAGAGCAGUUUCGCCGACGCUCUGUUUGGCUCUUCGAGGAACGAGCGGCAGGCACAGAGCAGAAGUAAUGUAAACUACAACGUUGACAGAGACAGUUUUGGGUACAACAACAGCCAAAAGCAGCUCAACGCUCGAUCGGAAUUUCGGCCUCCGAAUCGUACGGAUCAGAAACAGCCGUUUCGCAUGAAUAUGAAUCCGCCAGCGAUCAACAAGAACCGGAACAAUAGGCAGAAAACUUCUGAACAACCGAUAAUUCCCGUGCAGCAACAGCAGCAGCCGCAAGUUUCGAACUGCCACUGCGGUUUGAAAGCGAAAUUCGUCACAACCGUUGACGCAACGAGGACACAAAUCUACGGGUGCGGGAUUGGCAUGGCAGGAGUUCCAAAAUGUGGGUUUCAGUGGGAGUGCUCAGCUGCGGUCGGAACGGGUUUACCCCGGAAGGGAAGUUCUUCUCUUGCGCCCGUGCAGCAGUACGUGCAAGCGAGACCGGCGGGUCUGAGCUUGAACGAUUACGAGAUGCAGCGGUUGCGAGAACAGGAGGAGGAGGAUCCGGAGUUGAAGCGGAGACGGUUGUAUGUGGGGAUGGAUUGAGCACAAAAAGAAGCUCUGACAAAAUUCUCUAAUCUUGUUUAUCAAUAGUCAUCGUUUCAAUUUUAUCGUUUGUGAGAGCUAUGGUAUGAUCCUGUGGCUAGCUUUACAAGUCACAUUUGCAAUAUUCCUAGAAUGAAUUUUAACAAUUUUAUGGCGAGAUCCAGAGCGCCACCAAUGUCCUUUACUGUUUUGGUACACUACCCUAGCGGAACUGCGGGAUCCUUUACCGUUUCGAAAGCUCAGGCUUGAAGAAUCAACUCUCUAUCUAGUACUCGAAGGGGAAAUUAGUUGCAAAUGUGAAUACCAAAAAAUCAG